AUGCCACGAAGAAUUGAGGCACGUGAAUGUAUCUCCAUACAUGUAGGACAAGCUGGGGCUCAGAUUGGCAAUGCAUGUUGGGAGUUGUACUGUCUCGAACAUGGCAUUCAGCCUGACGGCCAGAUGCCCUCUGAUAAAAUAAUCGGUGGUGGCGAUGACUCUUUUAACACUUUUUUUAGCGAGACAGGAGCAGGAAAACAUGUUCCAAGAGCCAUCUUUGUAGAUCUGGAGCCCACUGUCAUUGAUGAGGUACGUACAGGCACCUACCGACAGCUGUUCCAUCCUGAACAAUUGAUCACAGGGAAGGAGGAUGCUGCCAACAACUACGCUCGUGGUCACUACACCAUUGGCAAGGAGAUCAUUGAUUUGGUUCUGGAUAGGACUCGCAAACUGGCUGACCAAUGCACUGGCUUGCAAGGAUUCCUCAUCUUCCACUCUUUUGGUGGAGGCACAGGCUCUGGUUUCACCUCCCUGCUCAUGGAGAGAUUGUCUGUUGAUUAUGGUAAAAAGUCAAAGCUUGAAUUUGCAAUCUACCCAGCCCCUCAAGUUUCUACAGCAGUGGUAGAGCCCUAUAAUUCCAUUCUGACCACUCACACCACCCUUGAGCAUUCUGACUGCGCCUUCAUGGUGGACAAUGAGGCCAUCUAUGACAUCUGUCGCCGGAACCUUGAUAUUGAAAGGCCAACCUACACCAACCUGAACAGGCUCAUUGGCCAAAUAGUGUCUUCUAUCACAGCCUCUCUUCGCUUUGAUGGUGCCCUGAAUGUUGACCUGACGGAGUUCCAGACCAACUUGGUGCCCUACCCUCGUAUACAUUUCCCUCUGGCAACAUAUGCCCCAGUUAUCUCUGCAGAGAAGGCCUACCAUGAACAACUUUCUGUAGCUGACAUAACAAAUACCUGCUUUGAGCCAGCCAACCAGAUGGUAAAGUGUGAUCCUCGUCAUGGUAAAUACAUGGCCUGCUGUCUGCUAUAUCGUGGUGAUGUAGUUCCUAAAGAUGUCAACUCUGCCAUCGCUGCCAUUAAAACCAAACGCAGCAUCCAGUUUGUGGACUGGUGUCCCACAGGCUUCAAAGUGGGUAUCAACUACCAGCCUCCAACAGUCGUUCCUGGAGGGGAUUUGGCAAAGGUCCAGAGGGCUGUGUGUAUGUUAAGCAACACUACAGCCAUAGCUGAGGCUUGGGCUCGUCUUGAUCACAAGUUUGAUCUGAUGUAUGCCAAGAGGGCUUUUGUGCAUUGGUAUGUCGGGGAGGGAAUGGAGGAAGGAGAGUUCUCAGAGGCCAGAGAGGAUAUGGCAGCACUGGAGAAGGAUUAUGAAGAAGUGGGUGCGGACAAUAUAGGGGAGGAGGAAGGAGAAGAAUACUGACCCUACAAGAAGAAAAACAAUUUAAGUGGUUUAAGUUAGUUUGUCAUCAGGUACCCCCAAAUGUCAUGCUUAUCCUGUGACUAUUUAAUGAUAGAUUUCUUGUUCCAUAGAGAUCCUUUCUUUGUGCUGUGUCAGACUCACUUUUGUUCACCUCCCCCACACUUAUUCCCGCACAUGUGGAAUGUGAGUUAUGAAAGGGCUCCAAUGUCAGUUUCUGUAUACCAUUCAGCUGUGACUCUGAGUGUUAGAGAGUACACUGUAACCGACUAACUCACAGUCUGCUGUUGCUUAUGUAAUUCAUAUUCAAAUUGACCAGAUUGAAGCGCUAAUGAGUACCACAGAUGUUAUUUUACAUUACACAUUUUGUGAUUGAGAAAUGGUUGAAUAU